UGACGAGACGCUUAUUAGAUUUAUCAGAUGUAGGUGAUUUCAUCAAAAUGUGUGGGUCUGUACGCUGGUUGUGUGAGAUAAUGCUAUAUUAUUCGAAUUCGCAAUGCCAGCCCGGGCGAAACAUCUCUUCUACAAGUAGCCUAGCCCACGGUGUUGCUCCAUAAAAGAACAGCGCUGUGUAGAAAAAUGUGUUGAUCCAUCAGAAGGGAAGGGUAGACUACAUUUUUUCCCCCGGAGAAAGGACACAUCGGGAUAAGGAGGCUCUUUUUCAGAAAGGACAUCGUCAGGACAGUAAAAUGUAAUUUCGGGGGGAAGCAACUUCAGUCCUUACCAUUUCUUACUUUGCUCAAACAAAGUCUUUCUGGAUAACAUCUCAAAGGAAUAUCUUACUCUCAAGUGUUCAAAGAGACUGUUGGGAUAUUUCUUGAUACCUUUUGAGGCUCCUCAGCCAUAGGAUCUGUACUAUCGUUGAUACAUUAUACUCGAGGACAUGUCUGCUGUGCGGCUGCUGCUCCUGUCUCUGCUUUGUGCCCUCUUUGUGUCCCUGUGCCAUGGGGCCUGUGCAGAGGUGGACUCGGACACUGAGGCCGUUGCAGGCAAAGGGUUCAAACUGGGCUGCAUCUCCUGUAAGAUGAGGCCCGAGGUGGAGGCUUCUGCCACAGUCGACUGGUAUUUCAAGGCCAAAGGGGAAGCUGACUUUGCUCAUAUAUAUAAUUACGAUGAGGAGGGCCAGCACAUUGUGGAUGAGCGCUUCGAGGACCGCGUGGACUGGAGCGGCAGUAAGCAGAGCAAUGACAUACAGGAUGCGUCCAUCUACCUCUUCAAUGUCACCUUCAAUGACUCGGGCACCUACCGUUGCUUCUUCCACCGGCUCCUGACGUACGAGUUCUACGAAUACCAGACUGUUGUCAGCAAGGUUGUGCACUUGACAGUGGUGGCUAAAGCCACCAGAGGGACGGCCUCGAUAGUCUCUGAGGUGAUGAUGUACGUGUCCAUCAUCGGGCUACAGGCUUGGCUCUACAUAGAGAUGGUAUACUGCUACAGAAAGAUCUCAGCUGCAGGAGAGGAAGCAUUACGAGAAAGCGCGAAUGCCGAAUAUUUAGCCAUAGCCUCGGAGAGUAAAGAUAACUGCGGUGUGCAAGUGGCAGAAUAACCCAGGAAUUCAAGCGGUGCCAUCUACAGACUGGCCUCAUCACCGAUACGACCCCUUGUUUUGCAUGAAGACACCCGGAAGAUGUAUAGUAUCUCUGAGUCUUUAUUACCUUUCCUGUUACAAUGUUAAUGGAUAAAUGUGAUAUGAUGACAUGAUUACUUUUAGAGUAGUAUGUGUAUGAAUCCUAUUUUUCAGUUUUAAUGGUAUCUCUAAAGUGUAUGUACAUUUAUAUUAAGAGGUAUUGUGAGCAUGACACAAGGCGAGAUGGUUGAGCUCCGAUAUUUAUUAAUCCAAGGGGUAGGCAAAAGGUAGGUCGGCGACAGGCGAGAGUUCAUGAACCGGGUCAGAGUCCAAAACAGUACCAGAUGAAGGGCAGUCUUGAGGUCAGGCCAGACAGGGGUUCAGUAACCAGAUUGGAGUCCAAACAGUACAAGGGGAUAGGCAGGCUUGAAGACAGAACAGGCAGUGUGGUCAGGCAGGCGGGUUCAGAGUCC